AAUAUAUAAGGAAUUUGAGUUUAUGGUUUAGUAUAUUGGGGGGGGGGGGAGGUGUUCGGCUUAUAAACUUAUAUAAUAAUUCUUAAAUAUUUAUUAAUGAUUUAUUAGGGUUAUUUUAAUUUUUUCAUCACAAACUUCAAUUUUUUAGGAAAAUGGUUAUCUUUGAAGGGUAAAUUUAAAAGUGGUAUCAAAUUUGUGCUAAAAUUGUAAUUCUCCCCUAGUCAAAUGUUCAUAAAUAAAUCUUCCACUUUCUUUACUUAAAUAAAAUAUAUGAAAUUACCUAAUGUGAUUUAAAAUAAAUAUGAAAUUAAUGAUAUUGAAUAAUAUAUAUUUAUUGCACUUUAUACUAGGCCUGAGACUUUUAUCUGAUAUCCAAUUCGGAUCCGAUCCGAAAGUCCGGAUGUCGAAUCCGGAUCCAGAUAGUAAAAUGUUGGAUACGUCAAAGCCGGAUCUGGAUCCGUAUAUCUUGAUUUUUCAGUCUGGAUAUCAGGAUCCGUAAGUUUUAUUAAUAACUAUUUCAAAAAUAGUAAUAUAUAUAUAUAUAUAUAAACUAAUUUUAUUUAAUAUAUUUUCAUUUUUAUAAUAGUAUAUAUAUAUAUAUAUAUUUAUAUAUAUAUAUUAUGUAAAUUUUGUAAUAUUAUACAUAGAAAUAAUUAAAAACAUUAUAUAUUUUUUAAAAGUUUUAAAUUAUUGUUAAUAUUUUAUAAUAUUAAUAUUAUUAUUUUAUUUAUUUUAAGGAUCAAAAUCCGGAUCCGGAUAUUCGCCGGAUAUUACAAUUUUUAGAAUGAUAUCUGACACUCGGAUAUCCGAGAACCCCAGAUCCGGAUAAAUAUAGUAAAAUUAUGGAUCCGCCGGAUAAUGAUCCAAAUCCGGAUACCUUAAAAUUGCUCGGAUAUCCGAUCCGUCCCAGGCCUACUUUGUACAUCUUCUAUCAUUAAUUUCUUUUUAUUAUGAAAUAAAUUGUAUAUGUUAUAUUUUGAAAUAUUUAAAAAUUUUAUAAAUGAUUAAAACUGUUAAAAGUUACACACUAAAAUUUUGAGAUUAAUGGUUUAAGAGAUUUGCUAUAAAAAGUAAAUGAUCACAAAACAAUAUGAGUAUGAAUCAUCACUUACUAGAUAUUUAGAUUAAAAAUAUAUUAUGUAUAUUUCAAUAUCAUAUAAAUCUGAUUAAAUAUCAUAUUAAAAUCAUAAAAUAUUUAAUUUUAAAGUUUUAGAAAUAUGUAUCAUACUUAAACUUAUUAAGAGCUAUCUAUUUACAAAUAUUUAAAAAAUAUCUCAUUUUAUGUCGGAUGAAAAUUACUACCUAGGAAGAGCAUCUCCAAAAAGACUCUCUAUUAUGAAAUUAUCAAAACUCUAAAUUUGAAGUGUAAAAGUAUUCUUCAACAAAAGCAAAACUUAACUUCAAAACUAUUUGUAUUUUAUACUAUGGUUCUUAUAUUUGUUAUAAUCAAUUUAAAUUCAUAAAGUUUUUGUAGAUAAUUAAGCACAUAUAUAAAAAUUUUAUAUUAAAACAUAUAUUUUAAAUAGAAACAACAUGAUUAAUACUAAACUUCAAGAAAAAUACUAUAUUAUUCUAUAAAGUUGUUGAAAUCGGAUGGUCUUAAACUCGUAAGUAUAUUAGAUCUGAACAAGAAAGUAAAAGAGGAAAAUAAAUGUUUCAAAAAGACUUAACUUCUAUCGAUGAUAUUAAUACUCGUGAAUACAUUUGAUCUGAAUAAGAAAUAAUCGUACAAAAAGACAUCAAAACAACAACAACCAUUUUUGGUUACACAAAAUUUGUUUAGACAAUAUUUUAAAAUUUUUGGAGAUUCUAGAUCAAAUUUACAUGACUAUUAGUGUUGUUGUAAUAUUUAAAUUUGUGUAAUAGUUAUAUCUUCAUGUAAUUCUUAGAAGCUUUCUUGUUGUUAAUUUCUUUUUGUAGUGUUGUCAAAAUUUUGCUUUAAAAUAUUUUAAAUUUCAUGUGUGAAACUUAAAUUUAUAAGAAAUUGAAAUGUUACGAGAUAUAAAGGAUAAAUACAAUAAACGAAAAAAUAUUUAAAAAUUAUAAAUGUGAUGUGUAAUUGUAUGGACCAAAAUAUAAAUAAAAAUAUGAAACUUUAAAUUUGAAAUUUUAAGGAGUGAAAUUCUAUAUUUUAAGUUUCACUCCUCAGACUUCAAAUUUGAGGUUUUGAAAUUUUUUUUUGAAAAGAAAAAAAUUACAUAUCUAAAGUUCUAGAAUGUCUUUGGAGAUGUUCCAAAGAAUUGGUCAGUUGUUUCCGUUUUCAGCUGGUAUUAACCGAUCGAAUAUCCACGUUAAUAUAAAAGGAUUAAGGUAACUAUAAUUUAAUUUGUGUUAAGCACAAAAAAACUAUAAUGUAAUUUGUCGAUAUGAAAUCUAAAUACUUAUUGAAUAGUUCUGGACCUCUUGGUCUGACAGAGUUUUUUUUUGGGUCUAAAUGUUAAAGUCUGACAGAGUUACAACUUACAACCCUCAUUGAUUUCGAAAUAUGUUUGUCAUCGACUAGAAGAUCCAGAUAUCAUAAUUGUAUUUGUACUGAAUAGAAAUUACAUGUGAAAUCCUAAUGUUGAGAUAAAAACAAAACAAAUAAGUGAUUUUGAAAAAUGUUAUUUCUGUAUAUUUGUGAUCCAUUUAUGAUAAAAAGACAAGAAUCACAAGACUGUACCAAAAUAAAAACAAUAAAACCCCACUGUCAAUUUUUCCCUACAUUUAUUUCCGUCUUGUUCCUUGUAUAUUAUCUUACAUAAAAUCAAAAGCAAACUUUCUGAAACUACAAAAAUAAAUUUGUUUUCUUCCAUUUUUGAUACGCAGUAACUAAUUACACAAAGAGGUGGUGGGGAGAGGAUAGAAGACUACCAAGAUAAAAACAGUAAAAUUUUCGUUACAUUUCUUUGUGUACUAUCUUACCCAAGAUAAAUCUAUUUUUUACAAAAUCAAAUACUUUUUUCAUUAUUAAGAAGACAAAAUUACCCACCCUAGACGUGACUUCCCUUUGACAAUAAAGGGUAAUAUUGUAGUUUACUCCAAGCUCAACUUACACAUUGUUUUUUUGAACAAAUACCCAACUUACACUUAUAUUCACUAUUAUCACCAUCGCGCCCGACGAAGCUUUCUUUUGCUUUUGUUUCAUAUGCUUCAAAGUUCUUUAGAGCGAGCUAGAGAGAGAGAGAGCACACAAAAAAAAAACUAGAGACUUUGGGCCCGGAUCUUGGAUAUGUCUAGCGGGUGGGUCAAAUCGUGGCAGUGCAAGUCGAAAGCUUUCGAUGAUGUUUACAAUCCGAGUCCGAUACAUCGAAUGUCAAGCUACAGCUGCAGAAGAAGCACACAGAACUUAAAAGACGUGAUCAACACUAAAAACCCCAAACCCAAACCCAAACCCAAAAAACAAGAAUCCGACCCGGUUUCAACCCCUUCGACACGGAUUCGAUCAUCUGUAGUUCGUGACCCGCUUUUGCCGACACUAACAGAGCUUGCGGAAGGCCAUCAGUCUCGUAACGUCGUGGAGAUUAUUUUCCAGACAAGCUGGGGCCCGAAACCGUUUCCGGGUCGGAUCGAUAUGAUCUUCAAAGUGCAAAACGGGUCAAAGACUUUGACCCGGUUCGAGGAGUAUCGUGAAGCCGUGAAGACUAAAAGCGUCGGGAAAUCGCGUGAGGAGAACGCGCGUUCGGUCGCCGACGGGAACGAGACGAUGAGGUUUUACUGUUUGGGUCCGAGUUAUGGCGGCGGCGCGUGGGGGAUUCUUGGAGGAAAAGGCGGCGGCGCGUCGAUAUAUACGUUCGCCGGGAGUUGCAUGGCGCAUGAUAAGGCGGGUGGAGGUAAAGGGAGGAAGGCGAUGCUCGUUUGCCGGGUUAUAGCGGGACGAGUCAUGAAGCGAAACGAGUUGAAGUACGACUCGGUUGACUCGGACGUUCGAUCUCGGUUUGACUCACUGAGUGGUGGCGACGGCGAGUUGCUCGUGUUCGAUACACGUGCAGUACUGCCUUGUUUUCUCAUAGUCUACCGCCUGUAAAAAUACGCAGUUUUAUUUUAUUUUUUCUAACUUUUGACAAUUGUAAUUUCAUUUAUCAACGCGAUUUUCUCCUAAUGUUUAGGGAAUUUGUUUUCCGAUGCAUAAUUUGGUAAAAAUUGUGUUGAUAAAUGUUAAUUAAUUUUGUCUACAAAAAAAAAUGUAACGAGAGUUUUUCUUAAUUAAUGCGAUUACAUACUGAAUCUUUCUGAGAUUAAAUACUGAAUAAUUAUGAAAAUAAAUACUGAAUAGUUCACUGGCUUUUACAAUGUCAUAAAUAGAUAUUAUCACGCAGCCAAUUGUUAUUUUUUAUACAGUUGGGUGUUUAGAUACACGUACAUUCAAUGCUUUACAUAUAGUAAAUCUUUGAUUCCCUAAAAUCUCUGUACGUUACUUUCACAGCUACCUUCCUUAAAUGUGAAAACUGAAAACUAUAGUUGGAAAUUUCAAAAUUUGUAACUUUUGUUAAUACUGUUUACAAAUAAACUUUUUCAAAUUUUCACUGAGUAUUUCAAGAAAGAAUAAUCAGUGUAAACUGUAAAGUGGUUCCGUUUAAAGAGCAUUUGUAAAAGAUUUAAAGUAAAAAAAAGGAAGAGAAAAAGAGUAAAAUUUGAAAAAGAAAUCAUGAAAGUUUUAUUUGAGGCACAUGGACAAUUACAUCGGUGAAACUCGAGGCCUGCCGUCAAGAAAAAGACGAGUAUCUGAAGUUCAACAAGCACGUUAAGACCCAUUAGGCCCAUCAAUUCAUUUUCGCUCAUAUUCAUUUAUAUGAAAGCAUAAAGGGCUAAAACAAAAGAAGAUGACAUGCCUAAUUCUUCACCACUUUACAUCUAAACUCAGUUCACUAAUUUGAGAAGCUAAAUAAAAGAGCCGCAUGGCUACAUAUGUCUGCAUGUUCGGUACACAUGUUAGUCGACGAGAUGAAGAAACUGUUGUUGACGCAACCGUCGACAACAAAUUUACGAUUUGCCAAGCUACCAUCACUGGUCUUGCCCACCUUCGCCUGAGAUUUCUCUUUGCAGUUGUUAACCAAUAGCCGUCAAAAAAAUCUUGUAUGGAUUUUUGAGGAGGAGAUUUGGGAAUCAAAGUUCCGUCAACUUGCUUCAGUCCGCCCGUGAGAAGCUCCGUCUCAAGCCUGACUGCCUGAGACAUAGGCCUAACCUUAGGUCGUGAAUGUUUUCUGUGGGAUGAAGAGACCGCAUGGCAGAACAGAAAGUAAAGACAUGACUAGUUUUCUCGCUAUCACCCUCAAACGCAUUUUUGCUGUUAAUAGUGGUUGUUGGCGUUUUAUAACAACUACUCAACCGCUUCAAACCACUCUAAACUUUUUAAAUUCAAAAGCUCGUUCCAAUUAUCGUUUGCAGUUGCGGGAGGAUAUAUAUUUUUAAACAAUAUAAAUACAAAAACAAAAAUUAAACUAAAAUAAUAGAAAUACUAAAAUAUGUCGACAAAAA